AUGCGCCUGAGAAACACCUGGCGUCGCGCGGGGGUGCGCUCCAGCCGCUCCUCCCAGACGACGCCCACGCCGACGCGGCCGCACAUCGCGGAGGCGGCGUCAUCCUCGGGGACGCCCGACCUGGUGUCGGCCGCGGGCUCCAGCCCCACCGUGCAGUCGCCGUCGGCCUCCACCACGGCGUCCGGGAGCUGCUCGUCGCUGUCGGCGCCGGGCGUGGCGCUGGGGCGCGACGCGGCUGCCUCCUACCUCGAGACCCUCGUCAAGUGCACGCCGCUCAACGAGCCCAGCGAGCCCGCCAACGCCAUCCCGGACGACCCUGGAGGGACUGUGGCCAACAGCCAAACCUCGCUCGCCGACUCGGUGCGUGGCGUGGCCAACAUCCUGAGGGCCUUGGACGCGGUGGGCGAGUCCGUCCCCGGCGCGGAGGCCACGCCAACGCCAGCGCGAGAGCAGACUGCCAGCACGGACCACGCCGACGGCGAGCUUGAUGGCGGCCGGAGCACCACACAAGUUGUUGGCGCUGAAGAUGAUGACGGGGGUCAUGUCUGUCCCGAACACGCUGCUGCUGAACACGUCCAUCCUGAAGCCAUUGUUACCGGACUCGCUGGACCCGGCGAGCCAGCUGCAGCGUCUGCGCAAGGCCUGCAGCCCGCCGCCGCCACCGCCGCGGCCACCGCCAAGGCCACCUCGCUGGUGGACGACAGCAACCUGCUGAUGCUGGCCCUCCGCCAGGACGGCGACCACAGCGUGCUGCUGCUCACGCUGCUGGACAAGGUGGCCGCCACGGACGCCAAGUACGACGCGGAGCAGCUGGCCGGCCUGGUGCGCGACUGCAAGAGCAACAUGGCGUCGCUAGCCUCGGUGCUGCGCACCAGCAAGACCAACAACAGCGAGCACAGCGACGAGACCGUGGUGGAGGACGCCGGUGAGGUAGCUUCGGACUGCUCGCUCACGAGGGCGGCCACCGUUCUGCCGCCAGCGGGCAUCGACACCACGCCCAAGGUAGCCAAGGCGUCCAAGACGGGAGAGCGGCCCUUGGUGGCGGCUAGCGCGCACCGAGACGAGCCUGGCGCAGCCCAAGGUGCUGUCCCGAAGGCCGGGCACUCCUCCACCACCACCCAGCCGGACGCCGCGCCACUCGUGUCGUCCAGGGUGGCCAAGCUCGGCGAGGCGCUCGCCAAGAACCUCGGCGACGUCGUCGGCGACCUCCGCGACCACGGCGAGCCGCGGAACGAGGAAGCAGGAAGCAUGCCUGGAGUAGUGGGGGACCUCGGCGACCACCCCGUCAACGACAAGUACAGGUCGGUACCGCCCGGACCCGGGCAACGCGGCCCCUUGCUGUCGGGGACGCCUGGCGGUGCGCAGGGCGCGGUCCGGGGCGCGGUCCGAGGCGCGCAGCUGGAGGACGCCAAGCGCCGCGUCAUGUUCCAGUCCAGGCCGAGCGAGCUCGCCCGCGUGCCCCGGCUCACCACCAAGGCCCAGGUGUCGUCGCGCGUGCGGCCGCGAGGCUGUCGCAUGCCCUCCCUGUUGUCCCAGGGCCCCGUCGUGGACGGCGUGGCCCCGCACCGCGCCAACAAGAUCGCCUUUCAGUAUCUUUUCACAAAAUUAAAAAUUGGAGAUCCACUUGUGCAGGCAGUACAAUUUGACCAGGUUGCUACCACUACUAUUGGGAAUAAAGACUCCUACAUUUGUCAGAAAAUAUUGCUAGAACAAUUUUAUAUCAAUUGCAAACCACAUUCUCAAUUAAACGUUAUCCAGUUCAAGUCGACAUUUAAAACCAUAGAAAGCUUUGAAUGA